CUCCUUUGCUGACAUUUUGUCCUAACGAAGAGGCAGCCUAAAUGGCUAUGAAGCUGCAAAAAUGGCGAAGUCUAUCUUCCUCUCUAUACAUGAUAAAUCGAAGCUGCGUCGUUUUCAAUCAACGUCUAUUACACGAAGGCCCAGACACCUUAGAAGAACUACUAGACAGACAUUUAGUGAAGAAAGAGAAAUCAUUUGACGAGGAAGAAGAAGAGAUUCUGAAUCAGCGGCGAUUAACCAGCACGCGACGUGAAGCUCUGCAUUUAUACCGAGACAUCUUGAGGGCCACCCGGUACUAUAUGUGGCCCGAUUCGCGAGGAGUGCUGUGGAGAGAUGUAUUGAGGGAGAAUGCGAGGAAGGAGUUUGAAGAGGCCCGGUUUGAAAAAGACCCGGAAAUUGUGACCCGGUUGCUCAUUGGCGGGAGAGAGGCUGUAGAAUCGGCGAUUGAUAAACUUGUUGAGAAGCAGAGAGAGCAGAUUGAGAAAGAACGUCGCGGCGGCGGAGGGAAUCGUUGAUUAAUCGAUGAGGGUUUUCUGUAAGAGAGUUUAAACGAGAUCAUCCAAGCAUUUCUCUACUAGUUAAUUAUUCCUCCCAUUUGCGAUUUUCGAUAUCCUGAAGGGAUGAGAAACUGGAAUUCUUUGCUGGGAUGAAGAGUCUGCUGCCAGCGAAAAAAGAAAA